UGGCAAAUCUGUGGUGCUCGUAAGCCACAGCCAUAAUCUUACUCUAGCCCGCGACUUCCUUUCCGCUCGACUGCGUGCGCGUGCUGAGCAGAGAGGACACACACAGAGAGAUUAGAGAGAUGGCUUGCCCUGCCCAAUCCAUGCUCUCUGCCAGCAGCUGCGUAUUCCUGAGGAGCAGCAAGCCUCAGCAGGCCACGAUGCUGCGAGGCGGAGGCACCGGCAUCGGCAGCGGCAGGCUCUUCCUUUGCAAUGCCUCUUCGUCGCCGACGCCGUCCCAGGACGAUUCCGAGUGCAACGAGGUGGAGUGCGCCCCGGAGAAGGAGGUCGGAAGCCUUAGCGUGGAGUGGCUGGCGGAGGAGAGGACCAAAGUGGUGGGCACUUUCCCUCCCAAGAAGAAAGGAUGGACCGGCUACGUCGAGAAGGACACCGCAGGCCAGACCAACAUCUACUCCGUCGAGCCGGCGGUGUACGUGGCGGAGAGCGCCAUCAGCUCGGGCACGGCGGGGACGUCGUCCGAGGGGUCCGAGAACACGGCGGCGAUCGCGGCCGGGCUGGCGCUCAUCUUCAUCGCGGGGGUGUCCUCCGUGCUGCUCCAGGUGGGCAAGAACCAGCCGCCGCCGCAGGUCACGGCCUACUCCGGCCCGCCGCUCAGCUACUACGUCGCCAAGUUCCAGCCGGCCGCCGCCGCCUUCUCGGCCCAGCCCAGCCCCGCCGUCGUGGCGGCUGCGCCGGAGGAGACGCCGUCGACGUCUGAUUCGCCCACCGUGGAGGCUUCGGCGGCGGAUCAGUCGUCCCCCGACGCGGAGCAGCUGUCCUCGUGAGCUGCUAUACAUGCUCCUAGUGUGAUUUGUGCAUCUUUUCAAGUGCACGUCCAGGCAUAUAGAGUUUGAUGUGGAAGCCAGGCAUGAGCUUGUGCGUGCCUGUAAUACAGUAUCACGUUAUCUGUAACUGUAAUUUCAUUAUGUUGUGAUGAUGCGUGCUAGGAAGCAAGGAUGAAAGACAUAUAUACAUGGUAGAUGGAAUGGAAA